CUGCGCUGGAUGGCUUCGUGUGAGCCCGGUCUUGGUACCACAUGUUGCAAAUAUUUGCAGAAAAAAAAAAUCAGUCACGUGAAUUUGUAUGCGUGAAUCAGUCGUUGUGUAUGUGACCUUAGUCAAGUGAUUGGUUUAUGUGCAGUGAUAUGUAUUGAAUAAAUAUGUCGUGUGAGUGCCCCCGUGCCCUCCAUACACCCCCGCCCUCAAGACUCCAACGAUGUUUGUUGUGACAUAUUACCUAAUAGCAAGAAUAAUGGAUUAUGACCUGUUAAAUUGUAUAUUUUAAUGGCGACGAAGGAUUUGUAGACGAUUAUGGGUUGUGGACAAAGUAAAAUAGGAAUUAUAUACCCUCGGAAAUCAAAAAGUAAAAGCGGGAAUAAGCGAUCUGGUGAGUGUCCGGUUUUCUCGUGCUGUUCUAGAACUGCCUCUCGCCGCGUGGACCCUGAUAGCGACGAAGAGACAGACGAGGCGGACCCUGGAUUGGGUGAUGCUGGCGACGCUGAAGAAGCGGGCGACGGAAGUAAAGUUCGGCAGAUGGUCGCGCCAUCACCUGGUCCUCUGUUGGCCCAGACAGAAAUAUCCUCUAGUCAGAUGGAUUUCUUCAAGAUGCUGGAUGAAAAAAUAGAAAAUGGUCCAGAUUAUGAUUCUGCAAAUGAGGAAGAGAUAGCAGUUGAACGGGCUCGACUGUGUGCACUGCUACGUGACUGGGAGACGGCAAGCACCAACAGCAGUCUGAACCGUUCAGCACCGUCCACACCAGCCCAUCGCAAACUACCAUCUAAGCCACAGGGCCCACCACCAUCGCCAUAUUACCAUCCACAGCUGAACGGCGAGCUUUUCCUUCAGCAACAGAAUCAGCAGCUGCAACUUCAGCAGCAGCAGCAGCACCAACAGUUGCAGCAGCAGUACUUCCAGCACCAGCUGCAGUACCAACAGAACAUGAGAGGACAGUUCAUGGUGUCCUGUUCCCCUCAGAUCACGCGUGUUGCCCCAGUUUUGAGGAACUAUCAGCCUAUGUCUCCUGUGCCAAUGCAGCAGCAUGCCAGUUCUGUAGUGCAGUACCGCCAGUCAAGAGGGUCGUACACAGAGCUGGCAUGACAGUCAUUAUAUCCCUUCCCACAUAGGAGGCUUUGAACUCAGGACAUAGAUGUUGGAAGUAACUUUGAUUGUUAUGAUAUAAACCAAAGGUGAUGAUCUGAUUCACAGCUGCUGAAGAGGCAGAAACAAUGAACAUAUUACGUGACUGUAUCUUAACCCUGUCUUGCUAUCGUCUGGCAAUAUGUCUGUGCAAGUUUCCAUGUUAUCCCAUCAGCUGUUCCAUACAAUAUUUAUAUAGAUUCAGUCAGAACUGUAUAUCCUGUCAUAUUACAGUUCAGUCAGUGUUUAAAGUGAAGUGUACAUACCAGAAUACAUAGAACUGGUGGUAAAAUAUACCGUUACAAAGAUUUGUAAAUUUAAAAUAACCUACAAGUUACAGCUGCAUAAUAUUGCAAACUACUGUAAUGAAUACAAAUGUUAUAUUUCUGGACAUUAUUCAUCAUCCUUUUUUUAUCUAAAACACUGCCCUCUUUACAUUUAAAA